AUGACUGCCCCGGCCGCGACUGACAUAACCGAGUCUGCCGUUGGCGCGGCGGCCGUUGAGGCGCUGAAGAAGCUUUCGCUCGCGAAGAAGCAAGCAAAGAAGGAUGCCAAGACGAAGCGACAGCAGGAAAAGCACGCGGCGGAGAUGGACGCCCCUCCUGGACCCCUCAUCACACCCGCAGGCGACCUCUGGCCCCGACCGUAUUACUUUGAGGAUGGUUUGCGGCGUGUCAAGCCGUAUCACUUUACAUAUAAUACAUGGUGCAAGGAGAGGUGGCGCGGUCGCACCCUGAUUGAUAUAUUCGCCUGCGAAUUUCGCGAUCGGCCCCUCGAGUACUACCGCGCUGCAAUGGAGUUGGGCGACAUCUUUGUCAAUCAGCGCAUGGUCGGCCCCGACUACAUUGUGCGCAACGGCGACAAGAUCUCGCACACUCUGCACCGCCACGAGCCGCCCGUCACAGCAGAGCCCGUCGGCAUCAUCCACGAGGACGACGACAUGAUUGUUCUCAACAAGCCAGCUGGCGUGCCUGUUCACCCGGCAGGCCGCUACAACUUUAACUCUGUCAUUGAGAUUAUGAAGUCGGAUCGCGGCAAGGACUUUAUGCCGUACCCGUGCAACCGGCUGGACAGACUGACGAGCGGCAUCAUGUUUAUUGGAAAGAGCCCCAAGGCUGCUGUAGAACUGGGCGUCAAGAUCCAAGAACGCAGUGUACGAAAAGAAUAUCUGGCACGAGUUCUGGGCGAGUUUCCCGACGGCGAAGUUGUCUGCGAUAUGCCCGUUCUACAAAUCUCCCCCAAGCUGGGCUUGAACCGCGUGAGAGCAAACGGCAAGUCGGCCAGGACGGUGUUUAAAAAGUUGGCAUACUAUCCACCACGUACCCCAAAUCUACAGUCUCCAGAUGGGCAGGUGACGCGCAAAAACACAGGCUACUCCAUUGUACGCUGUCUGCCGGUAACAGGCCGAACGCACCAGAUCCGUGUCCACCUACAACAUUUAGGAUAUCCCAUUCAAAACGACCCAAUAUAUGCCAACCAGCGUGUAUGGGGCGUCAAUUUGGGCCAUGAUGACGCUGAAGCGAUGCGCAACACAGACGAAGACAUUAUCAGCCGGCUGUCGCGCAUGGGCAAGGACGAGGUUGCGCAGGCGGUGGUAUACUACGACGAGAUGGUGGACGAGUACGAGAAGAAGAGGGCCGAGAAGAUGACGGGCGAGCUCUGCGACGUGUGCGCAACGCCACUGUACUCGGACCCCGGAAGCCACGAAUUGUCGCUGUGGCUGCAUAGCCUGCGGUACGAGGAUACGGACGGCGCGUGGUCGUACAAGAGCCCGCUGCCGCAGUGGGCGAUGCCACCACAAGGCAUGGAGGGGCCGACGACGGUUGGUGGUAUGGAGGAGCUUCUGAAAGCGGUGCCUGAGACGGAGCUACAGGAUGGGCUCGCUACCCCGGAAAAGGACGGCGAACAAUGA